AAUAUCGAGAAACGAGAACAAAAAAUACAUUCUCGUGUUGAAAUACCAACAACGAAUAUAUCGCAGACCUGGCUGGGUCUUUCUGUUCAACAAGUCGCAGUGCAAAUGAUUAAUGACAAGUUAAAUGAUUUUCAAUAUAAACUAUCUUCGUUGAAAAGAAAUAAUAAGGAAGCAAAUACUGCAUGUGAUAGAAUAAAAAAACAGCGUAAUCAAAAAGAUUCCACAUUUGAACUUUUAACAAAGGAAAGUCUAAAUACAGAUGAGGAUUUGAUUAUCGGAAACUUUAAAGUUUUAGAAUCGCUAUUGAAUUGGAAAUUGAAAAAUAAUCUAUUUCGUAACGAUUUCGCAUAUUAUGACAUAUUAGAUCUCACUCCAGGCACAAAUAGUGAUUUUGUUAAAAGCUAUUUGUCACCAGAA